ACACAACCGGGGACACAACCGGGGACACAACUGGGGACACAACCGGGGACACAACCGGAGAUACAACUGGAGACACAACUGGGGAUACAACUGGGGACACAACCGGGGACACAACCGGGGACACAACCGGGGAUACAACCAAGGACACAACCGGGAAAACAGCCAAGGACACAACUGGGGUUACAACCGGGGACACAACUGGGACACAACUGGGGACACAACCAAAGACACAGCCGGGGACACAACUGGGGAUACAACCGGGGACACAACCGGGGACACAACCGGGAAAACAGCCAAGGACACAACUGGGGUUACAACCGGGGAUACAACCGGGGACACAACCAGAGACACAACCGGGGACACAACCGGAGACAGAAAUCUCAACCGGUGACAGGAGGGGACAGAGCCGGGCACGUGGCGAGGAACGCAACCACGGUGCCACAGCGCAACAACGGGGACAAAGCGGUGACACAACCGCGGGGACAACACCACCACCAGGGCCACAACAACCAGAGCAGAGACCCUGUUCUGUGUACGGGGGCGUUCAGUUGUCACCGUGCCACCUCGUGUCACGUUGUCACCGUGGUGUGGGGGGUGUUGAGUGUCCGGCUGUGCCGGGGUGGGGCACACGUUGGGUUGUACCUCAGACUGUGUCAGAUGUGUCCGGCUGUGCCGGGGUGGGGCACACGUUGGGUUGUACCUCAGACUGUGUCAGAUGUGUCCGGCUGUGCCAGGUGAGGGCACAGGUUGGGUUGUACCUCAGACUGUGUCACCUCUGUCCGCCUGUGCGCGGUGAGGGCACAGGUUGGGUUGUACCUCAGACCGUGUCAGGCGUGUCCGACUGUGUGUGGUGAGGGCACAGGUUGGGUUGUACCUCAGACUGUGUCAGGCGUGUCCGCCUGUGCGUGGUGAGGGCACAGGUUGGGUUGUACCUCAGGGCACAGGUUGGGUUGUACCUCAGACCGUGUCAGGUGUGUCCGCCUGUGCGCGGUGACACCCUGAGAUGUCACACCCGCGUCACCCCUGGUGACAAGGGGGAACUCCCCCCACUCCUGACCCCCAAAAUCCUCCUCUGCUCCCCAAACCGCUCCUUCUGUGCCCCCCAAAUUCCCCCCAAGCCCUCGUGCUCCCCACAAAACACCAUUUUCCUCCAAACAUCAACGUUCGCCUUUUUUUUUAUUAUGCCCUCCUGCCCCUCCAAAACUCUCCUGCUCCCCUCAAACAUUUUUUUACUGCUCCAAUUGUCCCCCCAAAACCUUUCCUGCUCCGCUAAAUCUCCCUCUUUGUCUGUAAUUGUUCCACAAACAAAUACCCCUUUCCUACCCCAAUUAUAACCUCACACCCCUCCUGCCCUGCCAACAACCUUCAGGCCCUUAAUUGCGCCCCCAACUCCUCCUGUCCCCUCAAAUUCCCUCUUCUCACUCCUAGAAUACUCCUCCACUCUCACUGCUCCUCUUCAGCCCCUUCCCCACCACCCCUCCGUCUCCUCCGGAACAGGCCCCAAAGCCUCGGCCUUUCCCAGCGGCCACAGCCGGGUUGGGAGCACAGGGAGCGGCCGGGACGGGUGGGCGAGGCCGGGGCUGUGCAGGCCGCGGCUGGAGCGGAGCUUCGCCCCUUUCCGUCACCGUAGGCCUUUGCUUCGGCAUCUUUCGUGUGACACUCGGCAAUUUCCGGGAUCAUCCGCUCGUGCUUCGGCACCUUUCGAUAACUUCCGCCACUGUUUCGGCCAGUUCCGUCUCUUUCCGUCAGCGUUCGGGCACCUCCGUUUAACUUCGGUCAUUUCCGUCACCCUCCGGAGGCCCUUCGGUGAUCUCCGCCCACUUCCGGCAGUGCUUCGUUGAUCUCCGUCAAACUCCGUCAAUCCCCGCCGGCUCCUGAGGUCAUUUCGCCGCCCUCCCUCCGCCCCUCCGAUCUCUCAGCUCCGGGCGGGGCGGUGCUUUGAAAAUAAAUUAUUCAUGAACCGAUCCCACCGUGCUGGAAGCGGGGGGUCCGGCGACGGCGCGUCCCGCGAGGGCUUCACGGAGCAGCCGCCGACUCCGUCCCCUUUCCCCGCUCGUCGUUCGCCUCCCGGGCCGUAACGGGGCUCGCUUCUUCCUUUCUUUCCCGCCGCUUCUUCUCGGCGGCCCCCCCUAUUGCUUGUGAGGCGCUUGGUACGCUCCGGCCACGCCCCCUCCGGCGGCGCGCGGGGGCCGAGUCUAUAUAAGAUGGCGCCGCCGCCUCACAGCGCCCAAUCGCGCCUUGGGCGCGGGGCGGCCGCAGUGGAAAAGGGGAGCUCCGUGCCGGCGGCUCCGUGAGGCGCCAGUUCCCGGUUCCCCCGUGGGGUUCAAACUCUCCCGCUCCAACCCUUCCGUGAAGGGGUCGAUUCCGAGCAGUCGGAGCGGCGCGAGGCCGCGGUUGCACCGGCGCCAUGCACGGCGGGCCGCCCUCGGGCGACAGCGCCUGCCCGCUGCGCACCAUCAAACGAGUCCAGUUCGGAAUCCUGAGCCCCGAUGAGAUGAAACGAAUGUCGGUGACCGAGGGGGGCAUCAAAUACCCCGAAACCACCGAGGGGGGACGCCCCAAACUGGGGGGGCUCAUGGACCCCCGGCAGGGCGUCAUCGAGAGGACGGGGCGCUGCCAGACCUGUGCUGGGAACAUGACGGAGUGUCCAGGCCACUUUGGCCACAUCGAGCUGGCCAAGCCCGUGUUCCACGUGGGGUUCCUGGGGAAAACCAUGAAAAUCCUGCGCUGUGUCUGCUUCUUCUGCUCCAAGCUGCUCGUGGACUCGGUGAGACCCCAAAAAACACCCGGGGGGGACCCCAAAAACGGCUCCAUGGGGGCACCUCGGGAUGUGGGGGAGGGGUCCUUGGGUUUGGGGGUCCCCAAGUUGGGGACUGGGACGGUUUUUGGGGGUGCUGGGGGUCAAA